AUGAAAUCUCUUUGCAUCGUUCUUCUGAUUGCCUUAAGCUGCCUAGCUCUGGCUGAGGGACAAUGCCCGAGAGUCUGUACCAGGCUCUUCAGUCCUGUUUGUGCAACUUGGACACGUCGUGGCAUAACCGACGUCUGCACCUUCCCCAAUACAUGCACACUGCGAAAUCAGAAUUGCCAGCGCAAUCAGAAUUGGAUUAUACGGACAAAUGCAGCCUGCAGAGUGGAGACAAGAGACUGCAUUGUUAUCCGACAGUAAUUUGUAUAGCCCAAGUCCCAAGUAGAUAAUCCCAAGAGCAGAAAGUAAACAGAAGACUUACACACAGUCAUAUAAUUCAGGUACAGCUUCCAUGAUUUGCAACUUCAUACUUUUGGGAGAUAACUGGAUUAAAUGCUUAUUAAAACUCGUGACCGGCGAACCACUUUCAUUUCA